CCUCUCAUGUUCAUAACAGAAAAGAACGGUUCAAUUUCUUCAUUGCUAAUAGUCUUCCAAGGGAGCAUGUCAUUUGUAAGCACUCUUCGUCAGUGGGAUGAGGCUGUGGCGUGUGUGGAGCAAAGAGAUACAGACUCUGCUCUCAGGACAUUUCUCAACAUUGAAGAUAAAAACUCCAAAAUCUUCUACAACAUUGGCUGUCUUCAUCUGAACAACAAUGAGCUAGAUGAGGCGGAAAAGGCUUUUGAUGGAAGUAUCGGUAAAGAUGGGCACCUGGCUGUGGCUUUCUUUCAGAGGGGAGUAACAUUUUACAAAAAGAAUAAGUUUGAAGAGUCUCUUCUAGAUUUUCAGCAGGCUUUUAAACAGUUACGAGGCAAUCAGCUAAUAGAUUACAAACCUCUGGGUCUGAGAUAUAAACUGUAUGUCUGUGAGGUGCUGCAUAACAUGGGAUUGGUACAGGCCCAGUUGGAAAAAUGGGAGAAAGCUCAAGAGAACCUUCUUACUGCACUGAACUUUAGAGCAGAUACCAAGUCCAGCCAUAUUGACAUCGCCCUGGAUGCCAUACUGAAGCAAAAGCUAUUUUCUCUGGUAGAGAUUAAAGCAGGGCUGCUAUUCAAACCCAAUAAGCACUAUGUGGCAGAGCUGGAGAAAAAGGACUAUCUUGGGAAAGCUAAGGUUGUAUCUUCUGUUGUACAUGCUGAUCAGUUCUCUGGUUUUGCCCCACUGCAACCUCAAGUUGAUAAUAUUCCAUCUACAUCAAAAGUGCCAGAAGUACUAAGGGCACUUGAAGGUGAGCCGCACACAGUUCUCUAUCAAUUUAUUCCUGAGACCAAAGAAGAGUUGGCUGUGUUGCCUGGCAACAUCGUCUUUGUUCUUCAGAAAGGAGCUGACAACUGGGCAUCUGUUGUUUUCAAUGAGAAGCGAGGUCUUGUACCUUAUAAUUUUCUAGAACCCUUGGAUAUUGUUACAAUGACAUCAAAACCAAUGCAGAUUAAAGAAUUAAAUGAAAAUGAUGAUAUACCAGCUCCACCAAGAAGAGCACCACCUAGUAGACCAAUGGGUACAGAAGACCUGAAGACUGUGAAAGCAGAGGCUAAUAACACAGGGAAAUUCUCAGGCUGUAUUGUAAAAGUGCACUUACAUUUCACCAUAGCAAUCUCUAUUGCACCUGGACGAUCAUACGGGGACAUUCUUCAGAUGAUCAGCUCUAAACUGAAGCUUCCUGCAUCAGAAUUAACUCUACGUUAUGCUGUGGAAGACUCAAACGAGAGGGUGAUUAUUAAGGACUCUGAAAUGGAGGUUGUAUGGAAUAGUGUGAAAGAUGGCCAUCUUACGCUGUGGUGUUCAGUUACCAAGGGUAAAUGUGUGUAUCGUGAGAAAGUGGUGGCUCUUUACUCUUAUGAAACUUCCACCCCAGAAGAUCUGGAUUUCAAACAGGGAAAUGUCAUCACAGUCCUUUCAAAAGUCAAUGAAGAGUGGCUUGAGGGUCAAUGCAAUGGGAAGAUCGGCAUAUUUCCAUCGUCCUUUGUUAAAGCACUUAACGGGGAUCGGUCAUGUGAAUGAAUCAACAUCCAUCCAGCCAAGGCUUAAAUCAACAGUUACUACUAAUGUCUAGACUGAUGCACAUUUGAUCACUUGGGAUACACCCACACAAGUAUUAUUUUCAGGACUAAAUUCAUACCAGAGCUUGCUUCUUUACUUUGGUUGUAAGUCACUCAACACUUAAAGUGAUAGAUCACAUGAAAAUGAAAAUUCUCUCAUUAUGUACCUUACCCUCAUGCCAUCCCAGAUGUGUUUGACUUUCUUUCCUCUGCGAAACACAAACAAAUAUAUUUAGAAGAAUAUAUCAGUUCUGUUGGUCCAUACAAUGCAAGUGAAUGGGGUCCAAAACUUUGAAGCUUGGUCAUGAUUUAAUCCUUGAUUACACUUCCUAGUGCUUGACCGCUGUGCAAAGCGCUAGGAAGUGUAAUCGAGCUUGAAAUAAUAAACACCAAGGAGACUACUGAUGUCAAUAUUUAUAGUAAAAACAAGUUAUAUUUUGGUCUGUUCUCAACCAAAUCCAAUUGGAUCACUUCAGAAGACACUGAUUAAGCCACUGGAGUCAUAUGGAUUACUUUUAUGAUGCCUUUAUGUGCUUUUUAGAGCUUCAAACUUUUGGUCACCAUUUCCUUUGCAUUGUAUGGACCUACAGAGCUAAAAUAUUCUUCUAAAAUCUUAAUUUGUGUUCUGCAGA